AUGGCUAACAAUAAUGCUCGCCCAAUAAUUUUCGCUCUUUCAAAUCCUACUAUCAAAGCAGAAUGUACAGCAGAGGAUGCCUAUAAAUACACCAAUGGCACUGUGCUGUACGCAUCCGGAUCUCCAUUUGACAAUGUUGAAUUGAACGGGAAACUCUACAAACCUGGUCAAGGCAAUAACUCUUACAUCUUCCCCGGUGUGGCACUGGAUCUACCAGAGACAGCAAGUCUUUUGGAAGUUGUCAAAAUGGUGAAACCUACUGCACUUCUGGGUAUCUCAACGGUCGGUGGCGCUUUUACGCCUGAGAUUAUUCGCGAAAUGGCUAACAAUAAUGCUCGCCCAAUAAUUUUCGCUCUUUCAAAUCCUACUAUCAAAGCAGAAUGUACAGCAGAGGAUGCCUAUAAAUACACCAAUGGCACUGUGCUGUACGCAUCCGGAUCUCCAUUUGACAAUGUUGAAUUGAACGGGAAACUCUACAAACCUGGUCAAGGCAAUAACUCUUACAUCUUCCCCGGUGUGGCACUGGGUGCGGUGCUGUUCAAAGCAAAACAUAUUCCUGAAAAGGCUUUCCUCAUUGCUGCCAGGCGAGUUGCUGCAUCGGUCACUGACAAGUCGCUGACUGAGUAUGCCCGACUCUACCCACGACUCAGAGACAUCCGCGAGCUGUCUGUGAAAAUCGCUUUGGAUAUCGGUAAUUACUUUUAUGAGAACAAUCUUGCUGAUCGCCCAUGCGCGGACCUGCAGGAAAUGUUCAUUCGCCAGCAAGUUUACAACUAUGAAUAUGAACCUUCUAUGAACGAUUGCUAUAGCUCGGCCGAGAAGGACGCUCGGCCAUGGUUCCCCAGUUCCUGUGCUUCCCCGGGUCUCUAUGGAUGA